AGGCGCCAAGUGCAGCAGUCCCGUCCGCAGUCUGCCUCAGCACCUCCGACGCCCGCAAUGCCCUUGGAUACUGCCGCCCCGCUCCCUUCCACCCCGCACUGACGAACUCUCUCUCUCCCCGAGGCACCUGGAUCUUUACUUCUGGACUGUUGUGCACCCUGUCCUGAUCCCGUGCGCUGCGGGAAGCGAAUGGAGAAGGUCCAAGGAUAACAGAGGGUGCAGGAUUGCGCUACUGCAGAAGACCUGCCGGUAGUCCGCUGCCCGGGGGGGUUGCCUGUCUGUCAGAGGCGGUGGUGUCGCAUCCACUGUUUUCAUCACCCGACAUCGCGUUGCAUGGAUACAUCAUGGCUACGUUUCUAUGCAGGGUACAGUUCCUAGAUGAUACUGAUCCAUUUAACAGCACCAACUUCCCCGAGCCCACCAGGCCACCUCUGUACACUUUCAGGGAAGAUAUUCCUCUGAUCAAUCAGAUUGCUGGAGUCCACCGGCUGCUUAAAGCCCCGCAGAAGCCUGAUGACUGUGCCCUUCAGCUGUCCCAUAAUGGAAGCUACCUGGACCUGGAGGCGACCCUGGCCGAGCAGAGAGAUGAACUGGAGGGAUUUCAGGAAGAAGGAGGGAGGGGCAAGAAACACAGCAUUCUUCUUCGAACACAGCUGUCCAUCAGAGUUCACGCCUGCAUCGCCUCUGCAGAUACACCUGGUCCACCUCCACCACCGGUGGCUUGGCUGACAGAGCCGGGACGAUGCGGAACACCCGUGACAAGAAGAAGAACUCCACAAUGAGAGACACAACGUUCCAGCCCAGGAUGAAGCCGCAGCCAACUACAUUGGAGGCCAAGGUCAUGACCUGUCCCACUGCUAGUGGGGCCAGGAUGUUCGUCACCUGAUCUAUCCGCCUCAUGGUUGCAUUCAUUCCUUUUGGUAGGAUCAAAGACACAGAGAUUAACCUGCUUCCACUGGAGGACAGUCAGCAGGAGCAGAAACGGAACAAUACCUGAUAUUCUCUGGAAUCCAAGUAUUUAUCGUGCAUAGACAGUGAUGUGUGACAGACAAGUGGGCUAACGGAUCAUUAUCCCCUCACCAGCUCGGUGACCUCGGUUGUAGCCUGUGAUAACCACAAUCCAGUCCCUCUGAAUGGCAAUGGUCAGUGCGGUGCUUGCAAGGUUUGCCACAUCUGCCAGGACGAUCACCACCGUAUAACAAACCACCUUGUGUAAGUUAUGCGAUGCAACAUGUUACUAUGACAGCACAGAGGAGCCACAAGCUCAGGAGCAGAGACAACAGGGACACAGGACAGAGGGAACAACAGCAGCAAUAACUCCUCCUGUAAUAAUCAUGGUCUCCGGUUAUUGAAUGUAAUUACGAAUCAAACAUGUAGAGUCUACUCACAGUGAGCCAUCCAUCCCAGAUCUGUUCAAUCCUUUGCUUAUAUGAGAACACCAACAUGAGCACAAAGCUACACACUGUCACAGAGAUGUUCUGAAUGAAAAGAGACGCAUGUGCAACUAAAAAAGGGGACAAAAAAACAGUUUUAGAUUUUUACGACAUAGACGAUACAUCCUGUAAAAACUGAUUCCUGGCCUUGAGAUACGGGAGCCUUGUGCCUGAAGUGGUUUUGAGUUUGGCUUUCAAAUCAGGGACUGAUUUCUACUUGAGACAUCCGCUGAAUGCAAUUUACCAACUGGGUGGAUAGGAAAAUAGCUGACUUCUGCGUCUGAGAUUGAGAUCCACAGUUAUAUCAUAUAUGGCAUGCUAAAAUAUUCAAAUGGGUGGUAAAUUGUUGCAUACCUUUAUUCCUGGGAUUGCGAUCAACCCAGUCUCCAAUCAAAGCCCCUAGAAGGAGGACUGACCCAGCCACUACCAACCCAAACACUGCCGUCAACAGCAGGUUACGGCCGUAGAGCUCGAUCAGGAACACAGAAAUUGCAAAGUGCCACAUGCGGUCACCCUGAUCAACACAACAUAAAAGGGUAUAAUUACGUUUUGUUUUGCAAUGUGCUUUAUGUAUGCAGGCACAAGAUGUCCACUUAAGUAAGCUACCUUGCAUUUAUUUAAAUUUCUAUGUUUUAUCUAUUUCUCCAGGAAUCAGUUUCUUCAGGAAAUGAUUCUUACCCACAUUGACAAUGCUCCACUGACAUAGAUGAGAAACUUGGGACCCUUGAGGUAGAUAAGAGCUGAACCUUUCAAAGAAUCACAGGGAAAUUAAAUAAGCACACAUAUUAGCUAUGAAUAUAUUGCACACAUUCUAGUUUGAUUCAAAGUUGAGCUCACCUGGUACACUCCUAUUCCUAUUUGCUGUGAUGUCGUCGGACUCGGACUCGACCACAACCCCCCCACACUGGGAGGCGUCUGCUCGCUGGGACAUUUCCUAGUGUGGGAUCUUCGGUCAAAAAACUGCUGAACUUGUUGCGCUCUUGUCCCAUUGUUGAUAGCACAGUGGCAGUAGAUCACAGCAUCACGUGGAUGUUUUGAAAGACGCCUACUCCACGUGGUUGUUGAUGAUUACAAGAAUGUUUAGACCACUUAUAGGAUUAUUGGCUAUUAUUAUCAUACUUGAAAGAAAUUAUAUUGACAGGACCAAAAAUCAACAUACAACAUAAUUUUUUCCUAGACAGAAAGUUUACAAAAGUGGGAAUGCCAUGUCCUUUUGAACAGUACAUCGUCAGUAAACAGUUGUAACCUCUUUCACAUUCCUCACACUUUGAAUAGGGCAUGGAUAAUGGCUGCCAUGGGUCAACAAGUCAGAAUGUGAAUAGGAUCAAACUGAAAAGUGUAUCAAACAAUAUGAUUUUGCAGUCGCAUUAGUGUGACAUCAUGCAUAGCUUUGUAAAUGCUCUCUCAAACAAACAAUAAUUAAAGUGCUCACAAGUCAA